AUGCAGUUCAAAGUUGCCUUUGUCUCCAUCGCUCUUGCUACUCUUGCGGUCGCCACACCUGCUCCUCGUGGUGAGCCGGCUAGCAGCUGCAGUACAGGCGACCUUCAGUGUUGCAACACCGUCGAGCCGGCCUCCAGUCCCUCGGCCAGUACGAUUCUUGGUCUCCUCGGUAUCGUCAUCCAAGGCGUUGACGUUCUGGUCGGCCUCACUUGCUCUCCCAUAACCGUUAUUGGUCUUGAAAAUGGUGGCUGCUCUGCGCAGGCCGUCUGCUGCAAUGACAACAGUAACGGUGGACUCAUUUCCAUUGGAUGUCUUCCCGUCACUCUCUGA